AUGCUUAUGAUUUGCGCAUCUGGUCCAAUAGGAGAUUUUCCUGGCACUACAGACGCGAUGCCCAAAGCCACAUUCGAGCGUGCGAUCUGGUCGCUUGACUUAAUUCUCGCGAAAGAUAUAGGGCCGCUGGCAGGAGCGGGUAUGCCGCGCGGCUUUGGGUUCUGGGAAGGAAACGUUUUCAUGUGCUAG